UGUGGGAGUUGUUUGUCAGGAGGAUUUACCUCUUGGUCAUAUUAGGGAUAAUUAUUUAAUGCUGUCCAAACCAAGAGAACAUCACAAGGGGGGAAGAGAGGGCCUCCAGGAUAUUAAAAGUGUCCCAGUCUGGUUGGUAAUCCUCGUCUGAAAAAAGCCUGUUGUGGCGUGGGACUGAGAAAAGGGGGUGAGAUAGACAGACAGACCCAGCCUGCAGUACGGAGCCGCAGCCUCGCAGCCAGGAGCCACUCAGCAAGGACCUGUCACAUCACAGUACUGCAGCCCCACAGAGGACCCAGGCACCUGAAGGGCGAGAGAGAAGAACAGAGAGCAAAAGAGAGCAAAAGAGAGGAGACCAAUCACAGGGUACGACGAGGGCACCACACCACAUCACACCAGCCAGAAAUGCAAACACCACCAAACUUUUGGAGAAACGACUAAACUUUUUUCCUCUUGAUCAAAAGGAGACCUGUGCUGAGUUACAUAGUACCUGAUAGUUGGGUGAACAGCAGUGUUAUACUGUUCUAGAGUGAGUUCUAGGGUGAUCCGAGAGUGUUCCAGAGCGUUCCGGGAGAGUUCCAAGCGUGUUCUAGAGUGAGUUCUAGGGUUAUCCGAGAGUGUUCCCGAGAGUUCCCGGGAGAGUUCCAAGCGUGUUCUAGAGUGAGUUCUAGGGUGAUCCGAGUGUUCCCGAGAGUUCCCGGGAGAGUUCCAAGCGUAUUCUAGAGUGUUCUAUACAGUGUUCUAGAAUAUUUUCAUCGGCCAUAGGAUCUGUGGGAACUAGAGCCAGACAGCAGGAUGAGUGCCACUGAAGACAUAGCAAAGGACUACUAUGACUACCCUGAUUGGAACAUGGAGAACCCUGUGCCUACCAAGGUCCCAGCUGAAGUAAUCCCACCAUGUGACCCUACAGCUGAUGAUAGACUCUACCACAUCUGCAUCUCUGCCAUUUCUCUGGUGGUCAUGUUGAUCCUAGCAUUCCUUGCCAGGAGGAUGAAGCUGGCGGAUGGGCAGAAAAGGAGUUUACUCAGCCCAGUGAACUUCCUGGACCACACGCAACACAAGGGCUUAGCUGUAGCAGUGUUUGGAGUGCUGUUCUGCAAACUGUUUGGUCUGGUCAUAGCACCAAACCCUCUUCCCUUCACCACAGACCAAGCCAACAAACGUAAGGAGCAGGAAGAUGUAGAAAAUUGUGAAAUGAUAUAG